AUGACCGAACCUGAUAAGGCUGCCGCCAAGGCUCUGAAGAAGCUGCUGAAGAAGGAGAAGAAGAAGGCCGCGGAGGCAGCCGAAGCCGCCGCAGAAACCACACCCACGCCCGGUCGGCCCAGGACUCGAUCCAUGGAUCUCGCCGAAGCAACCAGCGGCCGCCCCCGAACCCGAUCCAUGGAUUUGGCGGAAGGCAUGGCGGUAAGCUCCCCCGCGGCCAAGACCGAAAAGAAGAAGAAGAAGAAAAAGCGGAAGGCCGAGGACGCCGGAGAGGCCGCUCCUAAGAAAUCGAAGACCACGGACGUGGCGGAGCCUACCGAACCUGCCACGGAACCCGCCGGUGGCGCACCCGCGCUCACAGCGGCGGAGUUUUGCUCGACCCACAAGAUCGCGAUCAAGUCGGACGAUGAUAGCUUCGACUGUCCCGUGCCAAUGUCCUCGUUCGAAUCGACUCCGUUCGGCGGGCCGAUCCGUGGCGCGCUCAAGGCGGCGGGGUACCCUGCACCGACACCGACCCAGGCACAAUCAUGGCCCAUCGCUCUGAGCGGUCGCGACAUCAUCUCCGUGGCAAGAACAGGGUCCGGAAAGACGCUCGGUUUCUUGCUGCCGGCGUUCCAUGCGUUGCUCAACAGGCCCGGGGGUUGCAAGCCACGGAUGGGUGGUCCGUACAUCGUUGUUCUCGCGCCGACACGCGAGCUGGCGUGCCAGAUUAACGAGGAGGCCACCAAGUUCGGCAAAGCGGCCGGUAUCCGCAGCACCACCGUGUACGGCGGUUCGCCCAAGUACCCCCAGAUCAAGGCCAUCCAGAGCGGUGUGCAGGUGGUCAUCGCUACCCCCGGUCGGCUGAACGACAUCAUGGAGAUGGGCAAGAUCAACAUGACGAACGUGAUGACCCUCGCGCUCGACGAAGCUGAUCGAAUGCUCGACAUGGGCUUCGAGCCGCAGAUCCGAACGAUCAUCGAUGCCAUGCCGGCGAAACGGCAGACGCUCUUCUUCACGGCGACGUGGCCCAAGGAAGUGCAGCGGCUGGCGCGCGACUUCGUCACGAACCCGGUUCAUAUCACCGUGGGCGACGCGGGGAAGCUCAACGCGAACAAGAGCAUCACGCAGCACAUCCACAUUGUAGACGAGAGGGAUAAGGGGGACAAGCUCUGGGAGCUGCUGACCAAGCUGCACGAGAACCCCCCCAAGGCCGACCACGGGAAGACGAUCAUUUUUUCGUCCAAGAAGCGAAAUUGCGACAAGCUCGCCCAGGCGGCGUGGGACCGCGGGUUCGCGGUGGACUCGUUGCACGGCGACCGUGAGCAGUGGGAGAGGACGAAGGUUAUGGACCAGUACCGGUCGGGGGAGGUUCGCAUGCUGGUGGCGACGGACGUGGCCGCGAGGGGCCUGGACGUUAAGGACAUAUCGUACGUGAUCAACUACGACUUCCCAGUCGACGGCGUUGAGAACUACAUCCACCGCAUCGGGCGAACAGCCCGCGGAAACGCCAGCGGCGACGCGUUCACGUUCUUCACGAGUUCCGAUGCCAAGUUCGCGAACAAGCUCGUGGGUGUGCUUAGAGGCGCCAACCAAGACGUGCCGGCGGAGUUGCAAAAGAUGGAUCGCGGUGGCGGUGGGAGGGGCGGGGGACGCGGCGGGUGGCGGGGUGGGGGGAGGGGGGGCCGUGGGGGAGGCAGGGGGCGCGGAGGGUUCGGCGGGCGCGGCCGAAAAUGGUGAUGAGAUUGACGCGUUGUCGUGCGUUAUGCUGCGGAAUUGACACCGUGGCUGCUUGUGUAGUUAUAUCGAGAGGAAGUGGAAGUGGCUAAGUGCUGUUUAUUUAGUGUGAAGUGCUGGUUGUGUCGAUAGCGCAGGCAGCACUUCCGGGUAAAUCAGGACAUGAGGGAAAUUGUGCUAUUGUCUGUUUUAAGUCGUCCCGUCGCACACAAAGCAAGUAAUUUUGGGAGGGGCGCCUGAAGAGGUUCCAAGGCGUUCACGAUGCGCGGAUGGGAGAUUUCGUGGACCUAUUUGCUUGAUAAGGUCUUGCUGCCGAAGCAAUGCGGGGUUGGUUUCCAGGCACCAGAUCAGAUCAGCCGAACCAGCACACUAACUGCGAUGGAUGGCUGAAAAAUGCGGCUGUACAGCCAAAUAGGAGGAGUGCGGUUUAUGGGCUUGGAAGUUGGAGACGGGUCAGGGCGACAAAACAUUUUACUUUUUAUCGUUGCAUUUUUUUUGAGGUGUACGUUGCGGGCGUGCGUAGUACUCCUGAGUUUUUUCUAUGGACCACGUACAAAAAUAUAUGUAGGUAAUUCCGUCCCCGCGGGUCGCCGCACCCGAUCUAUGCUAUGUAAUUUCUAAGGUCACCACACGGUGAGGGUUUUCAUUAACGUCCUCUUGGGGCUGUGCAUGAUGUCAUCCCGUUCAAGCUGCAGGCCUUGCCUUGGCGAUUUAUGGUGCAGAUGAUAGUGGUAACCUCAAUGAGAUGGCUAACUGCACAGUAGUCACGGGGGAAGUAAAGACAAGGUGUAAAGACACCUGUGCGCAGCACUACGAGACCGGAAGUUUGUCAUGUGGAGUUGGAUGAUUUGAAAGACUAGCGGU